AUGCCCGAGUACAAUGAUGGAUCGGAAUAUGCCAUGAAGAAUCGAGAUAUCAACAAUAUUCUAGAACAAAACAAGAAAUUCGUCGAAGCCAUUGGUCAGGAAUUCUUUGAUGGACUGGGUAGCAAGCAUGAACCCAAGUAUAUGUGGAUUGGUUGUGCCGAUGCUCGUGUUCCCUCCAAUGAAUUGUGUGGUGAAAAGCCAGGAUCCAUCUUUGUCGUUCGAAAUGUCGCCAACAUGGUUGUCAGUACCGACGUCAAUCUUUUAUCCGCCCUGCAAUUUGCCGUCACCACGUUGGGUGUCAAGCACAUUAUCGUUUGUGGCCAUUACGAUUGUGGCGGGAUCCGCGCGGCCAUGAACAAGGCCAAUGUCGGGGCACCACUGUCCCUGUGGUUACGCAACAUUAAAGAUGUGUAUCGGACGCACAAAGAAGAACUCAAUGGAAUUGAGGAUCCCGAGAAACGACAUCGAAGAUUCGUAGAACUCAAUGUGAUCGAACAAUGCGUCAAUUUGUUCAAGACAGAAGUCAUUCAAAAGACACGGAUAGACACAUUUUUGGAUCCGGAAUGCAACUUUCCGGCGCCACGCAUUCAUGCUCUGGUCUAUGAUCCAAUGACUGGAUACCUGCAGAAUUUAAAUGUGGACUUUUCGGAAUACCUGGGAGAUCUCAAGGAUAUCUACGAACUUUACAAUCCACCAGACUACAUCAAGGAAGCAGAGUUGUUGCUGGAUGCCAAGAGCUCCACGGAAGAAGAAGAUGCACCUUCUCUGGAGGGCAUCGACAAGUCGUCUUCCCCUGCAGAUGGACUAGAUGCCGUGUGGGAGUUUUUAGGAAUCAAGAAAACAGAUGGGUCAUAA